CUCAGACCUCAGCCAAUGUCGUUUGGCUGCAGCCCGUGUAUGAGUGUGUAUAUGUGUGUGUGUGUGUGAGCGUGUGUGUGUGUUAGCUAAUGCUAGCAACACUUGCAACCGCGCUCAGCCAACAUCAUCAGUCGUCUAUCGCCAGGAGUCCUCACUCUGCUGCUCAUCCCGGACGUGUAGCUAACUAUAGUUUAGCUCAAAAACAUGGCGGCCCUCAAAAUGUUGUGCAGAGCGGAGAAUUUGGUCUUCAAAAAUCUCAAUGGUCCAUGCAGAACCAAAUUAAACUUCGUGACCCAGUCCUUGAGCAAGAGUUGUGGCUGUUACUUUUCCACUUCAAGCCACAGGAAUUCAAAGUUCUUCUCAAACCCUAUCGAAGCAGUGAAAGACAUCCCCAGUGGAGCCACCAUUCUAGUCGGGGGCUUUGGGUUGUGUGGUAUCCCAGAGAAUCUUAUCAACAGUUUGUUGAAGACUGGUGUUAAGGGUAUCACAGCAGUCAGCAAUAAUGCAGGAGUGGAUAACUUUGGCCUUGGCCUGCUCCUCCAGACCAAGCAGAUCAAGAGGAUGAUCUCGUCCUACGUUGGGGAGAAUGCAGAAUUUGAGAGACAGUAUCUGGCUGGAGAGUUGGAAGUGGAACUAACGCCACAGGGUACCCUAGCAGAGAGGAUCAGAGCAGGGGGUGCUGGGGUCCCAGCCUUCUUCACAGCUACUGGCUAUGGCACAUUAAUCCAAGAAGGAGGCUCUCCCAUCAAAUACAACAAAGAUGGCACCAUUGCCAUUGCUAGUGAAAAGAGAGAGGUGCGGGAGUUCAAUGGCAGGCACUACGUCAUGGAAAAGGCCAUCACCGGAGACUAUGCUCUGGUCAAGGCCUGGAAAUCAGACAAGGCUGGAAAUAUCGUCUUCAGGAAAACAGCCAGGAACUUCAACCAGCCCAUGUGCAAAGCAGCCAAAACCACCAUUGUGGAGGUGGAGGAGGUGGUGGAUGUGGGGAGCUUUGCUGAGGAGGACAUCCAUAUACCCAGCAUCUACAUUGACAGGAUUGUCCAGGGAGCCAGCUAUGAGAAGAGGAUAGAGAAACGCACAGUAAAGAAAAGUACGGAAGAGAAGCCAAAACCAAAGAAGGACUCUGAUAUCGUUCGAGAAAGGAUCAUUCGCCGAGCUGCCUUGGAGUUUGAGGAUGGGAUGUACGCCAACCUUGGUAUCGGUAUUCCCAUGCUGGCCAGCAACUUCAUCAAAUCAGACAUCACUGUACACCUCCAAAGCGAAAACGGCAUCCUGGGACUGGGCCCAUACCCCUCAGAAGAGGAAGUUGAUGCAGACUUGAUCAAUGCUGGAAAGGAGACUGUCACCGUGCUUCCUGGAGCUGCAUAUUUCUCCAGUGAUGAGUCAUUUGCCAUGAUUAGAGGGGGUCAUAUCGACCUGACAAUGCUGGGAGCCAUGCAGGUAUCAAAGUACGGUGACCUAGCCAACUGGAUGAUUCCAGGUAAGAUGGUGAAGGGAAUGGGGGGAGCCAUGGAUUUGGUCGCCAGCGCUGGAACCAAAGUAGUGGUCACCAUGGAGCACUCAGCCAAGGGUGGGAAGCACAAGAUCUUGGAGAAAUGCAACCUGCCUUUGACAGGGAAGCAGUGUGUUGAUCGCAUCAUCACAGAAAAGGCUGUGUUUGAUGUGGAUAAGACAAAGGGCCUCACACUGAUAGAAGUGUGGGAGGGGCUGACGCCUGAGGACAUCAAGGCAUGCACAGGCACAGAAUUUGAGGUGUCUCCCAACCUGAAGCCCAUGCAGCAGAUCUAGAAAGUCAUGGAGUGGAUCUGAGGAGUAUGUUGAGGGCACCAAAGGACAAUCCUAUUGUGUUUUAUUUUUGGUUUGUGUCACGUUGUGUUUGUGUGAUGUUUAGACGAUUCCUCAACCUGAGAAUAGUCAAACAAACACAUUGGAUCAGUUCCCUGGCAAUUGGUAUGCAAAUAUCAGCAGGAUUUAGCCAUCACUAAUGCUGAAUUGAUGGAUGAUAAAGUAAGGUAGCCAACAUAUUUGAUUCAGAGUUUGGACAGAACAAACCUUGUAAUGAAGAAUUAAAAGCUUAGUUGUUAGUUGUGUUAAAAGUAUGUGUGAUUUCACAAAGGAAUAGUGAACACAUUCACAUUGUUCCAUUUGACAUGCAUUUAUUUACAAUUUGUAGUUCAAUUUUGCUAAUGUUUGUGUAGCUUUUGCCAAAGACAUUACUUAAAAAAACAGGGAUUUUUCUUUUAAGGUUAAACACAUCUGCAUUGAUCCUAUGAGCAGUUGUCCAAAACUAAUCAUUUGUAAAUGCUCCAUAUCUUGAUUCAUUUUCACUAUAAUGUCAUUAUCAUAAGUGACUGUAAUAGGAUAUAUAAGGGAUCCACAGAGGAUGUUGAGAGGAUUUUGAGUGAUAUACUAUAAAUCUAGAAAGCAGAUGUCUGGAUAGAACACAGAGAGAAAUUAUGAGGAACAUAUUGUUCACAACAGUUGUUCAGUUGUUCCCAGUUGUUACUCCCUUGUUCCUCGUCUGGUGGGAAUUCCACAAACGGUGGGAAAUUACACUGUAAAUCACGGGCUGUAUUUAAAAAUGUUACGCUACCAAACAAUGUAUUUGAUAUCAAUGUAAAUGAAUGCUACACUCAAACUUAAUGAUAUAUCUACAAUAAGAUAUCCAGCCUUUUGUUUGAUGUGGGAGGGAAAGGUUAAGAGAUGAAAUAGCUGUAGACCUAUCUGUGUGAUUGAAAUAUGUUCUUAGCAAUAAUUAAACCAUUUCACGGUUUUAAGAUACUUCACAAACAAUGUGAAUGUAUCCAUUUUUUUGUUAAUAGUGUUUUGUUUAGUCCCAAAUGUCAGACUGACUUGGUUGAUAUGCCAUUCAUGUACGAUAUGUUGUAGCCGGAAAAGAUGAAGCCUUCACAUUUUUCACUCAGACAGUUUUGUGCCCUUGCCUUUGUACAUAAAAUAAAUUACAAGAUUGUGUGCUGACUGGAA